CGAACCCCACCAAAAUCCGUCAUUCAUUCAAGUUGUCCCGAGCUGCGGGAUAUAUAGCUUGGUGGAACUGCUGUGUUUCUGGUGGAAUUGGCCUAGUCAAUGAUACCAAUGACUUCCUCGACGCAACACCUCAUCCCACAUCUUCAACUCACGAACACGUUCGGAGUACUGUUUAUCGGGGUUAUCCUUGCAGCAGUUCUCUUUGGUGUCACCAUCAUUCAAGUUUUCAUCUACUUUCAGACGCAUAGUGGUACAGGAAUAACAUUCUACAAGCUGAUCGUCAUAUUGCUUUGGAUACUUGACACUCUGCAUUUGGCCCUGAUCGUUCAUUGUGUCUAUUUUUAUUUAGUGAUCAACUACGCGAACAUUGGUGCACUCAAGGAAGUUGUAUGGAGUUCCAAACUUCAGUUGGUAGUCACCGCUCUCAGCAUCUUCGUGGAACAUCUUCUAUAUGCAUAUCGCAUAUGGACAGUUAGCGAAGGCCGAUCAAAAGUUCCUACGAUCAUAGUGGGUAUCGCCGUUGUCCUAACUCCAGGUGACUGUCGGAUUCUUACUGCUCAAACUAUAUGUCAACUCGUACAUUGCACUCCUGAACGCGCGAUACUACGCGCAGCCCAACGCAGACGCAGUGCAUUCUUCUGAAUACCAUAUGCACCAUGACGUCUACCGCUCGAGACUCCACAUUAGAGCGUCGCAGGACGAGGAACCCCAGGCACCCCGGAGGAGCAUGUUUAAACAUCCCAAU